UUGAAUAUAUGAUUUUAGCCACCAUUAUUGCCAACUGCAUUGUGUUGGCUCUGGAGCAGCACUUGCCGGAACACGACAAGACCGACAUGUCAGAGAGACUGGAUGAUACUGAACCCUACUUUAUUGGCAUCUUCUGUUUUGAAGCUGGCAUCAAGAUCAUUGCCCUGGGCUUUGUGUUUCAUAAAGGCUCGUACCUACGGAAUGGGUGGAAUGUCAUGGAUUUUGUGGUUGUUCUUACCGGGAUUCUGGCAACAGCCGGCACAGACUUUGACCUGCGAACGUUGAGAGCGGUGAGAGUGCUGAGACCCCUGAAACUCGUCUCUGGGAUCCCCAGCCUCCAGGUGGUGUUAAAGUCGAUCAUGAAAGCGAUGGUCCCUCUGCUGCAAAUUGGAUUGCUGCUAUUCUUUGCUAUUGUCAUGUUUGCCAUCAUCGGACUGGAGUUCUACAUGGGGAAGUUUCACAAGACAUGUUUCUCUCGUGAUACAGGUGAGCCCACUGGUGAUUUCCCCUGUGGGGAUGAGCCCCCGGCCCGGACGUGUGAUAACGAGACUUCAGUGUGUCGCUUAUAUUGGAAAGGGCCAAAUUUUGGCAUUACCAACUUUGACAAUAUCUUGUUUGCGGUCUUGACGGUGUUCCAGUGCAUUACCAUGGAAGGCUGGACUGACAUUCUGUACAAUACCAACGAUGCCGUCGGCGCAAUGUGGAAUUGGCUGUACUUCAUCCCUCUCAUCAUUGUUGGCUCCUUCUUCAUGCUGAACCUGGUCCUGGGUGUCCUUUCCGGGGAGUUUGCAAAAGAACGUGAGAGGGUGGAGAACCGGCGGGCAUUCCUCAAACUCAGGCGCCAGCAGCAAAUAGAACGUGAGCUUAAUGGCUAUCUUGAGUGGAUCUUCAAGGCAGAGGAAGUCAUGCUUGCAGAAGAAGAUAAAAAUGCUGAGGAGAAAUCCCCCUUAGAUGUGCUGAAACGAGCUACCAUUAAGAAAAGUAAAAACGAUCUCAUCCACGCAGAGGAGGGCGAGGAUCACUUUAACGACAUCUGCUCUGUAGGGAUGCUCUUAUGUAGAAAGAAGGAAGAUGUUCUACAAAGUAAACCAUUAGGAUCCCCCUUUGCCCGGUCAAGCUUGAAAAGUGGAAAAAACGAGAGCUCAUCCUACCUCCGCCGCAAGGAAAAGAUGUUCCGGUUCUUCAUUCGCCGCAUGGUUAAGGCACAAAGCUUUUACUGGUUUGUGCUGUGCGUGGUUGCAUUGAACACACUUUGCGUCGCCAUUGUACACUACAACCAGCCAGCAUGGCUCACCAAAGCCCUGUAUUUUGCAGAGUUUGUUUUCCUAGGCCUCUUUCUAACAGAAAUGUCCCUAAAGAUGUAUGGCCUGGGUCCUCGACACUACUUUCACUCAUCUUUUAACUGUUUCGAUUUUGGGGUGAUAGUGGGAAGUAUUUUCGAGGUGAUUUGGGCAGCAGUAAAACCAGGGACUUCUUUUGGGAUCAGUGUGCUUCGAGCACUGCGGCUUCUCCGUAUCUUCAAAGUCACAAAGUACUGGAAUUCCUUGAGAAACUUGGUGGUGUCCUUGCUUAACUCCAUGAAGUCCAUUGUCAGUCUUUUGUUCCUUCUUUUCCUCUUCAUCGUGGUCUUCGCACUUUUGGGGAUGCAGCUUUUUGGGGGACAAUUCUACUUUGAAGAGGAAACAAGAAACACAAAUUUUGACACCUUCCCCACUGCCAUCUUGACCGUUUUUCAGAUCCUGACAGGGGAGGACUGGAACAAUGUCAUGUACUUUGGAAUCGAAUCACAAGGGGGUGUCAGCAAAGGAAUGUACUCCUGUAUUUACUUCAUCAUACUGACCCUGUUUGGAAACUACACCCUCCUGAAUGUAUUUCUAGCCAUUGCUGUUGACAAUCUGGCCAACGCACAGGAACUUACAAAGGAUGAGGAGGAGAUGGAGGAGGCUACCAAUCAGAAGCUGGCACUCCAGAAAGCCAAAGAAGUGGCAGAAGUCAGCCCCAUGUCAGCCGCCAACCUUUCAAUCACAGCUUUUGUAAAGCAAACUCGAGGUGCGAUUUCUCGCAGCCCAUCUAUCUGCAACGUAAAUUUACCUGGACAGCAAAACUCAACUAAAUGUCGGUCUGUAUGGGAGCAGCGCACAACCCAAAUCCGUAUGCACAACUUCCAGGCUAGCUGUGAGGCACUCUACAGUGAGCUGGAGCCUGAAGACCGACUGCGCUAUGCUACUACUUUGCGACUGCGGCCGGAUAUGAAGAGUCACAUGGAUCGACCGUUGCUGGUGGACCCGCAAGAUUCCACAGAGACCAAAGAUGGCAGCCCAGAGGAGUUAGCACCCAAUGAGAUAGAGCCGGGGCCUGUGGAGGCUACGGAGCCAGCACCACGGAAACACCGACACCGUGAGAGAGGCACAGGUGAAACCAAUGGUGGCUGUAGAGAGAAUGGUAAUCAUAAUGGAGACUCGGGUAGUAAUGAUAGAGAGGAGCGCCAUCGGCAGCAUAGAAGUCGCAGUAAAGAAGGGGAAGGUGGGAAGGAAGGAAGGGGAGAGCGGAAUCGAAGCCAAGAGAGGGGAAAGCGGCACCACCGCAGGGCCUCCCCCGAAGAGGGUACGGAAAGGGAGCACCGCCGGCACCGUACACACCGCCACUCUGCAGAAAGACAAGGCAAAGAUGGUAAUGGACAACCAGGUUCUGGCAGCAAAGGCGAAAGGAAGUCUCGGCACCGAGGAGGAGGGUCUAGAUCAGGCACCAGAGAUGGAGAUGGCACGACUCGUGGUGAAAAUGGGGAGGAGGUUCCUAGGUCACGUCAUCGCAACAGGCACAAAGCACUUUCUACAUAUGACACAGAGGAGAAAAAAGAAAAUAAAGAUGGAGAAUCUGCUGAGAAGGAACAUCGCAAUCACAGACCCAGGGACCACCGUAACGAGGCUGAGGUCCCUGUCGGGGGUCUACAGCAGCUGCCGGAGCAAUCAGAAGAUGCCGAUAACCAAAAAAAUGUGAACCGAAUGUCUCAGCCACACACGGACCGCUCCAGCACAGUUAAUAUACCCGUCACCAUCACAGCACCGCCCGGCGACACCGCAGUCAUACCAAUCAAUAACGUGGAAUUCGACGUCAAGUCUGAGGAGAAGAAGGAGAUGGAAGCAGAGGACUUAACGAAAAAUGGGCCGAAGCAGAUUCUGCCAUACAGCUCCAUGUUCAUCUUCAGCUCCACCAACCCAGUCCGCCGUCUGUGUCACUACAUUGUCAACCUACGCUAUUUUGAGAUGGUCAUCCUGGUAGUCAUUACACUGAGCAGCAUUGCACUGGCUGCGGAAGACCCCGUACAGGCCGAUGCCCCUCACAAUGAUGUGCUGAAAUAUAUGGAUUACAUUUUCACAGGGGUCUUCACUUUUGAGAUGGUGAUAAAGAUGAUUGAUUUGGGUCUUCUCCUCCAUUCUGGUUCAUAUUUCCGGGACCUCUGGAAUAUUUUAGAUUUUAUUGUGGUCAGUGGAGCCUUGGUGGCUUUCGCCUUCUCGAGUUUUGUUGGAGGGAACAAAGGGAAAGAUCUAAACACCAUCAAAUCCCUGCGGGUCCUCAGGGUUCUGCGGCCUUUGAAAACUAUUAAGCGGCUGCCCAAGCUCAAGGCGGUGUUCGACUGUGUAGUGAAUUCACUGAAGAAUGUACUCAACAUCCUCAUCGUUUAUAUGCUCUUCAUGUUCAUCUUUGCCGUUAUUGCUGUUCAGCUCUUCAAGGGCAAGUUCUUUUACUGUACAGAUGAGUCAAAAGACCUGGAGAAAGAUUGCCGGGGGGAAUAUCUUAAUUAUGAAAAUGAUGAUGUGAGGGCACAGCCCAGGGAAUGGAAGAAAUAUGAAUUCCACUACGACAAUGUCCUUUGGGCUCUCCUGACUCUCUUUACAGUUUCCACUGGGGAAGGGUGGCCCAACGUCCUAAAACACUCGGUGGAUGCAACCUACGAGGAGCAGGGCCCCACUCCCGGCUUUCGCAUGGAAAUGUCCAUCUUCUAUGUGGUCUAUUUUGUGGUGUUUCCUUUCUUCUUUGUCAACAUAUUUGUGGCUCUAAUUAUCAUCACUUUCCAGGAGCAGGGAGACAAGGUCAUGUCAGAGUGCAGUCUUGAGAAGAAUGAGAGGGCCUGCAUAGACUUUGUCAUCAGUGCUAAGCCCCUAACGCGAUACAUGCCUCAGAACCGGCAAUCAUUCCAAUAUAAGAUGUGGCGGUUUGUAGUGUCUCCUCCAUUUGAGUAUUUCAUCAUGGUGAUGAUUGCGCUCAACACCAUCGUGUUGAUGAUGAAGUUCUAUGGAGCAUCAAGUACCUAUGAAGAAAUGUUGCGGGGCCUCAAUAUUAUCUUCACGUCAAUGUUCUCACUGGAAUGUAUCCUGAAAAUCAUUGCCUUUGGUGUUCUGAAUUACUUGCGGGAUGCUUGGAAUGUGUUUGACUUUGUCACGGUUUUGGGAAGUAUAACUGAUAUAUUAGUAACGGAGAUAGCGAACACGGAAAAUUUCAUCAACCUGAGUUUCUUAAGAUUAUUUCGAGCUGCUCGACUGAUUAAGUUGCUACGUCAAGGUUACACCAUCCGCAUCCUUCUGUGGACUUUCGUACAAUCGUUUAAGGCCCUGCCCUAUGUCUGCCUCCUUAUUGCAAUGCUGUUCUUCAUCUAUGCCAUUAUUGGUAUGCAGGUAUUUGGCAACAUUGGUUUGUCUGAUGAUAGCGCCAUCAACAGUCAUAAUAACUUCCGCACCUUCUUUCAAGCACUGAUGCUCCUGUUCAGGAGUGCCACUGGUGAGGGCUGGCACGAGAUCAUGCUGUCCUGUCUAAGCAACAGACCCUGUGACCAACGCUCCGGUAACAACACAGCGGAAUGCGGAAGUGACUUUGCAUAUUUCUACUUUGUCUCCUUUAUCUUCCUGUGCUCUUUCCUGAUGCUCAAUCUCUUUGUGGCCGUCAUCAUGGAUAAUUUUGAGUAUUUGACUCGAGACUCCUCCAUUCUGGGUCCACAUCAUCUCGAUGAGUUCAUCCGUGUUUGGGCAGAGUAUGAUCCAGCUGCUUGUUAUCGCAUUCACUAUAAGGAUAUGUACAAUUUAUUACGUGUAAUUGCCCCUCCACUGGGGCUGGGGAAGCGCUGCCCGUCGCGGGUAGCCUACAAGCGUUUGGUAAAGAUGAACAUGCCAAUCUCUGAUACAGACCUUACCGUCCACUUCACGUCCACACUGAUGGCGUUAAUUCGCACAGCACUGGACAUUAAAUUGGCCGCAGGUGGAAUAAAGCAGCAUGAAUGCGACACAGAUUUACGGAAAGAGAUCUGCUCAGUGUGGCCCAACCUGUCUCAGAAAACAUUAGAUUUGCUUGUCCCCCCUCAUAAACCGGAUGAAAUGACUGUUGGGAAAGUUUAUGCAGCUCUCAUGAUCUUUGACUUCUACAAGCAGAACAAAAACAACCGGGACCAAUCUCAUCAGCCACCUGGAGUCUUAUCUCAGACGGGAACAGUGUCCCUUUUCCAGCCACUAAAAGCCACUCUGGAACAGAACAUUCCUAGUCCGUUUGGCAGCAGCAAAAUUUUCCUACGACAAAAGAGCUCGGUAUCCCUGAACAACGGCGGUGUGGUACCCAACCAAGAGGGUGGAAUACGGGAAUCAAGCUCAUGGGGGACGCAACCGGCCCCAGACCCUUUCUCCACUCCACGGAGCACAGCAUUCCAAAGGGGCCACUCAGAGGAGAUUCACACCCAGGAGCAGGUCAAGCAGUCUGUAGAAAUGAAAGAAAUUGGGCAGAGUUUAUCCAAUGGUGGAGAGCACUCGAUCGGACUGGAGAUACAAGGGCGAGCAGUGUCCAUGCCGCGCCUGGCUGCAGAAGCUCAUCCUAUAACUGAUACAAGCCCAAUGAAACGCUCUGUGUCAACGCUGACUCCCCCGCAGCGGCCCCAGCUGUAUGAAUAUUCCCUAGAGAGGGUGCAGCAUGACCGCAGCCAUCAGCACCAUCACCGAUGUCACCGGCGCAAAGAGAAAAAACAAAAGUCCAUGGACAGGUCUCCGCAGAAUGAUGACCCAGAAGCUCCACCACGGGAGAGGCGACAGGAGAGAGGGAGGUCACAGGAACGCAAGCAGCAACCACCGUCCUCAUCGGAGAAGCAGCGCUUUUACUCAUGUGACCGAUAUGGCAGCAGAGAUUCUGGGCAUCCCCGGCACUCUGACCACAGCCGGGCCACCUCGCCCACUUCUGGACAGGAUCCUGCUUCUCACAGACAGGGCAGUGGUUCGGCCAGCGGGAGUCCACGUCUGACCAGCUCCGGUGCUAGUACCCCAUGCCGCGGAGUCCGGAGGCAGCUGCCACAGACGCCGCUCACUCCUCGGCCCAGCGUCACAUAUCGGACAGCUCACUCUUCCCCUGUGCACUUCGGGGGCCCCAUUUACUCUCCCGGACGUCUGAGCCGGGGUCUAUCAGAGCACAAUACUUUGCUGUACAGUGAUUCCCCAAGCCACUCCGCCUGCACAGUUACGCGCAUUGGUUCUGACCCGUACCUUGGACCACGCCAGGAUGCCGACAGCUACUGCCCUGUGCCUGAGGACACCUUAACCUUUGAGGAGGCCUUGGCCAGCAACUCUGGACGUUCCUCUCGGACUUCCUAUGUGUCCUCACUCACUUCCCAUUCCCACCAGCUUUGCAGGGUCCCCAACGGCUACCACUACACCUUAGGGCUCAGUUCAGGGUCCGGCCAAGCUCCUAGAGUUCGAAGCUAUUACCAUGAAGCAGAUGAGGAUGACUGGUGCUAGCAGAGGGAGCCAAAGUACGUUCUCAGUCUCGCUUUUCACUUCACCAGGAAGCCGAAGCAACAGGAGCAGAAAGGGGGGCUCUUGUGUUCAGUUACUACUGAUGAGUUUUAUCAUCAGCCAACAGAUCGCCGGGACAUCAGAGCAUGUUUCGGCAAAGUAAAGACAGCGACCUUCGGAAAAAAAUCCGAGCGAAAAAUAAGGAAGAAAUUAUGAACAAGCAGGGCAGAGCCAGAGCAGGCCUCAGUUUUAAAUUGUUCUGGCAUUUGUCAUAUUUUCAGUCUUCCUUUUGGGGAGAGUUACAAUGCCUCUUUUCUAGUAAUUGGAAUAUGGGAUGUAGGACAAGAUGGCAAGCCUGGAGAUUGAAGAAAAAAAAAGAGCAGCAAGUUUAGGACCGAAGAGUAUUGAGGUUGCUUUUUUAAUUCUUUAUAUAGACUUUAAAGGAUAGAAGGAGAAUUAUUGACAAGCUCUUCACCUUUCUAUUCUCAUCCUUCACAAACUUCUGAGAAUUUUUUGAUCAGUCAUACUUGCAUCACAUUCACUCUCCACCAAUCAUUGCUUAGCAGGGGAAUUGCAACUGAAACUUGUUCAUACGGACAGACAUGACCCAAGACAGACCAUGCAGUUUCUUCACAACCUCUACUUGUCCUGCUCUCUUUAGAAUUAGUGUCCGUGCCAUAGACAUUUAUUUUUAAUUUCAUAAUAGAUUUGGCAUUUGAAGCACGACACAUUUAGCCAAUGGCGUUGUUUUGCUGGUAUGAGACACCGCCUGACCUGACACACUCUACCAACCAGGCUCAGCAGCACACCAAAUCUAGAAAGGAUCCUCAGAGGUUCCCUUUAGUGGCAAGUUAACAGAAGAUUAUUUUACAAAUGUUGUGGUGCCUGAGUGGCAGUUAUCAUGACUGCUGAACAAAAAAUUAUGGUUACCCUUUAAACAAAUGUUUGUAUUGUGUGUCUGUGUGUGAGUGUGUGCUGCUAUUAUGAUAUGUAACUCCUUUAGUGCAAGAGGAACCCUUAGUGCAAUUCAAUGAAUGCAUGGGGGCCUGCCUUUCUGCACCAGUCUGUUCACUGUCCUAAAACUCACCAACGAGCCUUUUCUCCUGUCCUCAGCAUAGCCUAGAUUUUGGUAAUGCACAGGUGUGAGUAUGCAUGUCUUUGGUUAGUGUGAGUUUUGCACAUUAUUUGGUCAAUGAAGUUGCACUAAUGUGUAUUUCAAGUGGGAUAUUUUCUUUUUGUUUUUUAAUUUUUGAUGUAUUUAAAAGGUCAUAUUGGGAGCUGGCUUCGAUAAUCGUUGACCAGCGCUUGUUCCCAAACUCAUGCUAUCUAUGUUUUAGUCAUGUUGUUUGCACUGAGCAACCCUGAAGACUCGUAGUUCAUGGCAGUCUAUACGUUCCUUCCAUUUUAUACUUUCAACAGCACCCUGUGCUACAGAUGAUUGUACACUCUUAGAUUUGGGCUGACUGAUCAUUUUUAUCAUGGUUUCCUGUGCCAUACAACUGUAAAGGCAGGAAGACCUCUGCCCCAGUGCCAAAUGCUUUGAGUAUCUUUGGGCUAUAGGUAUCACUGUGGCAAUGUUUGCAAGCCCUGUAUACAAAUUACCAUUCUCUAAGUUCAGCCAAACCUUAAGGUGUCAGCCUGUCCUAUGGCAAUAAACCGGUCCGUGAUUGGGGCAGAUCUCAUUCUGCUAGCGCCAUGUGGCCUUUGCAGUCAUAUGUAGCAUAUAGUUGAUGAAAUAAAAGUAACGGCAAGCACAACACAAUAGAGAUACCUGGUGGGCUUGAUAUGAGGGAUAUAGUAUCUAUUCUGUGCAUAUUACAUAAUAGUAAUCUAUUUUAAGGGCAAAGCUGAUUUUCCAAAGACAUUUUCAGAGGUCAUAUAAAAAAAAUGCAACAAUAGAGAUUAAAAUAUUUUAUUUGUCGUAGAUCGUAACUACUGGCACUGGCUGAAUUGUUUCUCCACCCAUAAAAGUGGAGUUCCUUGACUCAGUUCUGUCUUUAGUAGUGUUGUCUUUCGUUUUAUUCUACUAUAUAUAAUUAAUGCAGCAUUUAACUGACAAAAUAUGUCAUUGACUGCUUUAAGGAGUUGUUUUCUUUUUUAUUUACAAAAAUAUAUUUAAAAAAAAUAUAUAUCUUAGACUCCUGUCUCGCACAAUAUAUUAAAAAGUCAGACUUUGGGUGAAUGAAGGUGGUGGAGAAAAUAGGCAAUUGUAAGGGACAGUUUUUAUUUAUACGUAACUUACCAAACUUCACAGCUGGUUUGUGCACUGUCGCAAAUGUUUCACUAUGUCUCAUUCAUUGCUAAGUGCCUACAUUUUACAGAUAGUGGUCUUACAAGCACGCAACAUGACUCUAUUAUCCUUCAAACUCAUGUCCUCUUAUUUCUUCAAAAAACUCCUAACUUACAUUUUGUACUAUAGUAUUCAGUAAGAGAAAGGCUGGCUGAAAAAAAGAUGGGCUUUUAGAAUAUACCUAUAUUUUUUAUUACACUAUAUAUGAAGAGUUUAGACAGUGUUAACUCACACCAUUGUACCUGUUUGGGCCACCAUUAAUUCCAUCUAUUAGACGACAACAGACAUUUGAUAUCCAUAGUAAGGCUUUUGUGGAAUGUUUACAAGCCAUUGUUAUGUUACCAAGCACCUGGAUUGUGGUUUACAACAUUAAUAUAACACUUUUGAAGUUUUUUUUUUCUCUUUGAAGAGAGAUUCUUAGCUGGGUGCUCUUUUUGUCUUAAAACAAAACUAAGUUUUGAUAUGAUAACAUAAUAAACCAUAUUUAAUCCACAGUGGCCGAAAUUAAUCACAAAGCAUUGUGAUAGUUUAUGGAUCAUCCUGAGGUUUUUUUUUGUGUUUUUUUUUUACAAAUCUUUAAAUUCUACAGAAGAAUGACUUUAUACAAAAUUGUAGUCUGUAGCCAGUGGGUUCAAAGAAACCUACUCUCAAUUAAAAAAAAAAACAUUGUUGAUGUAUUUCUUUAUCUCUUUAGGAAUGCUCAGGCGCAAGAAUUUCAUUCAAAUGUAGCCUAACAUUUCAUUCCAAACAUAUCUGCAUGUUUAUAAUUGUUCAUUCAACUGAAAAAGGGCUUUUGGGUAUCAGUUGUAAGUGCAAAUUAUUGUUAAAAAAAAACGCAGGAUUCUUUCGCUGUGACUGAAAUCAAGCUGAAGGAUUUUGUGUGUUUAGGAGACGAGGGUAGAUGUAUAUAUAUUGGAGGCUGUGCUCCUGCCAAAGUAACCCCCUUUUUCACCGAAUAUUUUUUAUUAGGUUGUCAGAACACCAGAUUUGAAGGUGUCAAAACAAUUCUGCAGAUUCCUAUAAAAGUUUUGGAAUGUUAUAUUACGCGUUGGACUGACAUUUCAUGCAGACAUUAAUUCAGUUUGGUGCAGAAGAGAGCAAAAAUUGUAAGAAACCUUGACCCAGAAAAUCAGGUCUAAUAUCACAUAUUGUUAAAGGGUGUAACAGUGAGUUUUAGAAAUCUGUAGACCAGCUGUAUCCUACACAGUCCUUUAAAAUGCCCUUUACUCGCUGGUGCCUCUGCAUGUCAUUGGAACUGUAUUUACUACAGGGCUAUGCAAGACACGUAUCAAGAUAUGGCAAGAUUGCCAACUUCAUCCAGUGCUAUGUUGGACAAAUCUCCCACAUUUGAGGCUUAUGGAUAAAUGCGACCAAAUGUUUUCUAUGUUUUUUUAUUAUUUUACUAUCCCUGAGACGAAGAAAAAAAAAUUAUGGGCACAACUUUCAUGUUUUCUGAAAAAAAAAAUUAAAACAAAAAAAAUUAUAAAAAAAGCUCCAUAAAAACAAUCAUGAAAAAAGACAAGACAAUUGAACAUUUUGCGCUGAAAGCAUGGAACCUUGUUUUAUAAGCUGAAUUGUACGGCCUUCACUCUCACCCACAUAGUCACACCUGGUCUGUGCUCUCCCCAGAUGAGCUAUAAAAUAACUUUUUUCAGUGUUGUAAGCAAAGCCAUUUAGCAUGAUCGGGUUAUUGUUUAGACUGUGCCUAACGCUCAGUUUGUGCUUAAAGGGGUUGUGACUGGUUACAUUUAAGAUUUGAACUUGUGUUUUAACUGAUGGAGGGUAUCAGGGUAGUGCCACCAGUGAAUAGGAAAUU